AUGUCCGCCACCUACAACAACCCCUUCUUCGCCCCCGAAUUCACAGGAGAAAUCAUCCCCAUCUCCCUAGAAGAUCCCAUCCUCAACAUCUUCGCCGACGGUAAGUUUGACCUCAACUGCCCAGGCUCAGCCACAAUCCUCAAACUCUUCGCUCACAUCCAACUGGAAGCUCUACACCUAACCCACACCAUCCUCCUCUCCACCCCAACCUUCCUCCCAAUCAGCGAAAACAACACCACAACCACAACCGCCCACUUCCCCGAACCCCACCCUUCCCCCUCCCACCUAACCCCGCAAGAAACCCACCGUACCCUCUACUACCUCUCCCUAAUCCUCCCCCAAAUAGACGUCAUAGUAUCCCCAACCACCGGCUCCGCCAGCGGCAUGACCUUCCUCCAACCCCAUCGCCCCCUGCCCAUCCUCCCAGGCUGCGGCUCAACCAUAGCAAUCAACCCCCAAAAAAUCACAAAACUAACCACAGCAUUCCAAACCUCCAACGAAAUCGCCCAACAAAUCCUCAUGUUCGACCUCGCAAUCCUCCUAACCCACGAAUUAGCCCAUGCUCUCGUCUUCGCCGUGCUUCCUAGAAAUUCCCCUUCCUCCAGCAGCAACAGCAGUGGAAGCCUCGGUAACGCCUUCCUAGGAACUGCCACCGCGGAUGAAAUCGGCUUUGAAUUCGAAAGACGUCUCUGGGGUGGGUUGAUCAGCAUGGAUGUAGGAGCGAUUUACGGCACACAAUGGUGGAAUCAUUAUGAAUAUGCCCUCACAUUACGCGAAUGGCCUAAUCCUCAUAUUUUGGAUUCUUACGCCGCUUCCGAGGAUUUACUCACCAUUCACACGCGCGAGGAAAUGGCUCGAGUGGGUUGCGUGUGGAGAGUCUCUUUCGAGUAUGUGAAUAGGAUGUUUAGGGAUGAGUUUUGGAGAGGAGUUGUGGGGGGGGGGGGAGGAAUGCUUUGCAUGCAGGGAGGGAGAAGGGGGUUUUGA